GUCGACGAUUCGCUAUCAGUACCUGGGGAGAACCCACUGCACCAUUGCAAGGACCCCGCAAACGAUGUUCUCUCGCUUGAGCGAGUAGACCUCGACCCAAACCCACCGAAGCCCGGCCAAAACCUCACCGUCACCGCCCGAGGCAUCCUGAAGGCGGACAUCGAAGAUGGCGCUAAGGUGCAUCUCCAGGUCAAGUUCGGCCUUAUCACAAUCAUCAGGCAGACCACCGACCUCUGCGACGCCGUGAAGAACGUCAACCUCGAGUGCCCACUGCACAAGGACAAUGCGACCGAGCUGACCAAGACCGUCACGCUACCUAGAGAGAUCCCGCCGGGCAAGUACACGGUCAUUGCGGACGUAGACACGAAGGAUGCGGACAAGAUCACGUGUUUGAUGGCGACUGUAGAGUUCCACCGC